AAUCAGCUGACGCUAGUAAGGAAGUCUUCUCUUCACAAACCUCUGUCACUCUGUCAGCUAUAACACUUCUCAAAUUCUUGACUUCUAGUUUAACGAUAUUUCUGGUUUUUGUUUGAAACUACCUUCAAAUCAGCAAAAUGGCACUCACCGAUAGCGAUGUUCAAAAACAGAUCAAACAAAUGAUGGGCUUCAUUGAGCAAGAAGCUAAUGAAAAAGUCGAAGAAAUCGACGCCAAGGCUGAAGAAGAAUUCAAUAUCGAAAAGGGUCGUUUGGUCCAGCAGCAGCGUCUUAAGAUUAUGGAAUUCUAUGAAAGGAAGGAGAAGCAGGUUGAACUACAAAAGAAAAUUCAAUCAUCCAACUUGCUGAAUCAGGCACGAUUGAAGGUUCUGCAAGCUCAACAGCAGCACAUUCAAAAUCUUUUGGCUGAGGCUCGAACAAGGCUGGGAAAAUCUAGUUCUGAUCGUGCAAACUACACCCGGGUUGUUUGUGAUUUGAUUAUUCAAGCUUUGUUCCAGAUUAUGGAGCCUAACGUGACUAUCCGCUGCCGUGAAAUUGACUUGGAACUAGUAGAAAGCGUACUGCCCGAGGCCAUUGCAAAAUACACUGAGGCUAUGCACAAACCAUGCCACAUCACCAUCGCUAAAGAGAACUGUCUUCCAGCUGACACAUGCGGUGGAGUUGAGCUGUGUGCAUUCCACGGACGUAUUCGAGUCAACAACACUCUCGAAAAUCGCUUGGAGAUGAUUGCCGGUCAGAUGUUGCCCGAGAUGCGUACUAAGCUGUUCAAUGCAAAUCCCAACCGCAAAUUCUUCGAUUAAUUUACCCCAAUAGGAAGUUGUUUUUUUCCAUUUUUCUCUUUCACAAUUUUUUCCUUCGUGCGGACGGUAGAACAUGAUGCUCUAUAUCCGUGCCGUCGAAUCAGUAGUAAAUUUGUCUUGUCUUUCUAUCUGUGCAUGCACCAUUCAUCCAUUUGAAAUAGGGGAGACAAAAAAAAAAUUAUUAUACCGGAAAAACUAACAACAUUCCUCCUGUUUGUCUAGAUGUUUAUCGUGGUUGUUUUGGUUAAUACAUUGUAUAUUAGCGACA